AUGGUUCCUGACUUUGAGGACAACGUUCUCGACGCUGAGGACAAGAUCCCCGACUUUGAGCACAAGGUUCCUGACGUCGAGGACAAGGUUCCUGACGCUGAGGACAAGGUUCCUGACGUUGAGGAGAAGGUUCUUGACGCUAAGGCAAGAUUCCUGACGUUGAGGACAAGGUUCCUGACGUUGAAGACAAGGUACCUGACGAUGAGGACAAGGUUCCUGACGCUGAGGACAAGAUCCCUCACGUUGAGGACAAGGUUCGUAACGUCGAGGACAAGGUUCCUGACGUUGAGGACAAGGUUCCUGACGUUAGGGACAAGGUACCUGACGCUGAGGACAAGGUUGCAAACGCUGAGGACAAGGUUCCGGACGCUGAGUACAAGGUUCCAGACGCUGAUGAGAAGGUUCCUGACGUUGAAGACAAGGUUCUUGACGCUGAGGACAAGGUUCCUGACGUCGAGGUCAAGGUUCCUGACGUUGAGGACAAGGUUCCUAACGAUGAGGACAAGGUUCCUGACGUCCAGGUCAAGGUUCCUGACGUUGAGGACAAAGUUCCUGACGCUGAGGACAAGGUUUUUGACGCUGAGAAGAAGGUUCCUGACGCUGAGGACAAGGUUCCUGACGCCGAUGGCAAGGUUCGUGACGCUGAGGACAAGGUUCCUGACCCUGAGGACAAGGUUCUUGAUGCUGAGGAGAAGAUUCCUGACUCUGAGGACAAGGUUCCCGACGUUGAGGAUAAGGUUUCUGACGCUCAGCACAAGUUCCUGACACUGAGGACAAGGUACCUGACGCUGAGCACAAGGUUCCUGACACUGAGGACAAGGUUCUUGACGCUGAUGACAAGGUUCCUGAUGCUGAGGACAAGGUUCCUGAUGCUGAGGACAAGGUUCCUGACACUGAGGAGAAGGUUCCUGACGUUGAGUACAAGGUUCCUCACGAGGACGACAAGGUACCUGACGCUGAGAAAUAGGUUCCUGACGCUGAGGACAAGGUUCCUAACGCUGAGGACACGGUUCCUGACCCUGAGGACAAGGUUCCUGACGUUGAGGACAAGGCUCCUGACGCUGAGCACAAGGCUCCUGGCACUGAGGAGAAGGUUCUUGACGCUGAGAAUAAGGUUCGUGACGCUGAGGACAAGGUUCCUCACGUUGAGAACAAGGUUCCUGACGUUGAGGACAAGGUUCCUGGCGUUGAAGACAAGGUUCUUGAUGCUGAGGAUAAGGUUCUUGACGCUGAGGACUAGGUUCCUGACGCUGAGGAACAGGUUCCUGACGCUGAGGAACAGGUUCCCGACGCUGAGGAACAGGUUCCUGACGUCGAGCACAAGGUUGCUGACGUCGAGGAAAAGGAUUCUGACGUUGAGGACAAGGUUCCUGACGUUGAGGAGAAGGUUCCUGACGCUGAGCACAAGGUCCCUGACACUGAGGACAAGGUACCUGACGAUGAGGACAAGGUUCCUGACGCUGAGGACAAGGUUCUUGACGCUGAGGACAAGGUUCGUAACGUCGAGGACAAGGUUCCUGACGUUGAGGACAAGGUUCCUGACGUUGGGGACAAGGUACCUGACGCUGAGGACAAGGUUCUUGACGUUGAGGACAAGGUUCCUGACACUGAGUACAAGGUUCCAGACGCUGAGGAGAAGGUUCCUGACUUUGAGGACAAGGUUCUUGACGCUGAGGACAAUAUCCCUGACGUUGAAGACAAGGUUCGUAACGUCGAGGACAAGGUUCCUGACGUCGAGGACAAGGUUCCUGACGUUGAGGACAAGGUUCCUGACGUUGGGGACAAGGUUCUUGACGCUCAGGACAAGAUUCCUGACGUUGAGGACAAGGUUCCUGACGUCGAGGACAAGGUUCCUGACGCUGAGGACAAGGUUACUGACGUUGAGGACAAGGUUCCUGACGUUGAGCACAAGGUUCCUGACGUUGAGAACAAGGUUCCUGACGUCGAGGUCAAGGUUCCUGACGCUGAGCAGAAGGCUACUGGCACUGAGGACAAGGUUCUUGACGCUGAUGACAAGGUUCGUGACGCUGAGGACAAGGUUCCUGACGUUGAGAACAAAGUUCCUGACGUUGAGAACAAAGUUCCUGACGUUGAGGACAAGGUUCCUGACGUUGAAGACAAGGUUCUUGACGCUGAGGAUAAGGUCUUGACGCUGAGGACUAGGUUCCUGACGCUGAGAAACAGGUUCCUGACGCUGAGGAACAGGUUGCUGACGCUGAGGAACAGGUUCCUGACGCUGAGGAACAGGUUCCUGACGUCGAGCACAAGGUUCCUGACGUCGAGGAAAAGGAUUCUGACGUUGAGGACAAGGAUCCUGACGCUGAGGACAAGGUUCCUGACGCUGAGCACAAGGUCCCUAACACUGAGGACAAGGUACCUGACGAUGAGGACAAGGUUCCUGACGCUGAGGACAAGAUCCCUGACGUUGAGGACAAGGUUCGUAACGUCGAGGACAAGGUUCCUGACGUUGAGGACAAGGUUCCUGACGUUGGGGACAAGGUUCUUGACGCUCAGGACAAGAUUCCUGACGUUGAGGAGAAGGUUCCUGACGUCGAGGACAAGGUUCCUGACGGUGAGGACAAGGUUACUGACGUUGAGGACAAGGUUCCUGACGUUGAGGACAAGGUUCCUGACGUUGAGAACAAGGUUCCUGACGUCGAGGUCAAGGUUCCUGACGCUGAGCAGGCGGCUACUGGCACUGAGGACAAGGUUCUUGACGCUGAUGACAAGGCUCGUGACGCUGAGGACAAGGUUCCUGACGUUUAGAACAAAGUUCCUGACGUUGAGAACAAAGUUCCUGACGUUGAGGACAAGAUUCCUGACGUUGAAGAGAAGGUUCUUGACGCUGAGGACAAGGUUCUUGUCGCUGAGGUCUAGGUUCCUGACGCUGAGGAACAGGUUCCUGAUGCUGAGGAACAUGUUCCUGACGCUGAGGAACAGGUUCCUGACGCUGAGGAACAGGUUCCUGACGUCGAGCACAAGGUUCCUGACGUCGAGGAAAAGGAUUCUGACGUUGAGGACAAGGAUCCUGACGCUGAGGACAAGGUUCCUGACGCUGAGCACAAGGUCCCUAACACUGAGGACAAGGUACCUGACGAUGAGGACAAGGUUCCUGACGCUGAGGACAAGAUCCCUGACGUUGAGGACAAGGUUCGUAACGUCGAGGACAAGGUUCCUGACGUUGAGGACAAGGUUCCUGACGUUGGGGACAAGGUUCUUGACGCUCAGGACAAGAUUCCUGACGUUGAGGAGAAGGUUCCUGACGUCGAGGACAAGGUUCCUGACGGUGAGGACAAGGUUACUGACGUUGAGGACAAGGUUCCUGACGUUGAGGACAAGGUUCCUGACGUUGAGAACAAGGUUCCUGACGUCGAGGUCAAGGUUCCUGACGCUGAGCAGGCGGCUACUGGCACUGAGGACAAGGUUCUUGACGCUGAUGACAAGGCUCGUGACGCUGAGGACAAGGUUCCUGACGUUUAGAACAAAGUUCCUGACGUUGAGAACAAAGUUCCUGACGUUGAGGACAAGAUUCCUGACGUUGAAGAGAAGGUUCUUGACGCUGAGGACAAGGUUCUUGUCGCUGAGGUCUAGGUUCCUGACGCUGAGGAACAGGUUCCUGAUGCUGAGGAACAUGUUCCUGACGCUGAGGAACAGGUUCCUGACGCUGAGGAACAGGUUCCUGACGUCGAGCACAAGGUUCCUGACGUCGAGGAAAAGGAUUCUGACGUUGAGGACAAGGAUCCUGACGCCGAGGACAAGGUUCUUGACCCUGAGGACCAGGUUCCUGAUGCUGAGGAGAAGGUUCCUGACGCUGAGGACAAGGUUCCUGACGUUGAGGACAAGGUUUCUGACGCUCAGCACAAGUUCCUGACAGUGAGGAAAAGGUACCUGACGCUGAGGACAAGGUUCCUGACGCUGAGGGCAAGGAUCCUGACGCUGAGGACAAGGUUCCAGACGCUGAGGACAAAAUUCCUGAUGCUGAGGACAAGGUUCCUGGCGCUGAUGACAAGGUUCCUGACGUUGAAGACAAGGUUCUUGACGCUGAGGACAAGGUUCCUGACGUCGAGGUCAAGGUUCCUGAUGUUGAGGACAUGGUUCCUGACGAUGAGGACAAGGUUCCUGACGUCGAGGACAAGGUUCCUGACGUUGAGGACAAGGCUCCUGACGCUGAGCACAAGGUUCCUGGCACUGAGGAGAAGCUUCUUGACGCUGAUGACAAGGUUCGUGACGCUGAGGACAAGGUUCCUCACGUUGAGAAGAAGGUUCGUGACGUUGAGGUCAAGGUUCCUGACGUUGAAGACAAGGUUCUUGACGCUGAGGAUAAGGUUCUUGACGCUGAGGACUAGGUUCCUGACGCUGAGAAACAGGUUCCUGACGCUGAGGAACAGGUUCCUGACGCUGAGGAACAGGUUUCUGACGUCGAGCACAAGGUUCCUGACGUCGAGGAAAAGGAUUCUGACGUUGAGGACAAGGUUCCUGACGCUGAGGACAAGGUUCCUGACGCUGAGCACAAGGUCCCUGACACUGAGGACAAGGUACCUGACGAUAAGGACAAGGUUCCUGACGGUGAGGACAAGAUCCCUGACGUUGAGGACAAGGUCCGUAACGUCGAGGACAAGGUUCCUGACGUUGAGGACAAGGUUCCUGAUAUUGGGGACAAGGUACCUGACGCUGAGGACAAGGUUCUUGAUGUUGAGGACAAGGUUCCUGACGUUGGGGACAAGGUACCUGACGCUGAUGACAAGGUUCCUGAUGCUGAGGACAAGGUUCCAGAUGCUGAGGACAAGGUUCCUGACACUGACGACAAGGUUCCUGACGUUGAGGACAAGGUUCCUCAUGCGGACGACAAGGUAUCUGACGCUGAGAAAUAGGUUCCUGACGCUGAGGACAAGGUACCUAACGCUGAGGACACGGGUCCUGACCCUGAGGAGAAGGUUCCUGACGUUGAGGACAAGGCUCCUGACGCUGAGCACAAGGCUCCUGGCACUGAGAAGGUUCUUGACGCUGAUGACAAGGUUCGUGACGCUGAGGACAAGGUUCCUCACGUUGAGAACAAGGUUCCUGACGUUGAGGACGAGGUUCCUGACGUUGAAGACAAGGUUCUUGACGCUGAGGAUAAGGUUCUUGACGCUGAGGACUAGGUUCCUAACGCUGAGAAACAGGUUCCUGACGGUGAGGAACAGGUUCCUGACGCUGAGGAACAGGUUCCUGACGCUGAGGAACAGGUUCCUGACGUCGAGCACGAGGUUCCUGACGUCGAGGAAAAGGAUUCUGACGUUGAGGACAAGGAUCCUGACGCUGAGGACAAGGUUCCUGACGCUGAGCACAAGGUCCCUGACACUGAGGACAAGGUACCUGACGUUGAGGACAAGGUUUCUGACGGUCAGCAGAAGUUCCUGACACUGAGGACAAGGUACCUGACGCUGAGGACAAGGUUCCUGACGCUGAGGACAAGGAUCCUGACGCUGAGCACAAGGUUCCAGACGCUGAGGACAAGGUUCCUGACGCUGAGGCAGGUUCCUGACGCUGAUGACAAGGUUCCUAACUUUGAAGACAAGGUUCUUGACGCUGAGGAUAAGGUUCCUGACGUUGAGAACAAGGUUCCUGACGUUGAGAACAAGGUUCCUGACGUUGAGGACAAGGUUCCUGACGUUGAGGACAAGGUUCCUGACGCUGAUGACAAUGUUCCAGACGUUCAGGACAAGGUUCCUGACGUUGAGGACCAGGUUCCUGACGCUGAGGACUAGAUUCCUGACACUUAGGACAAGGUUCAUGACGUUGAGGACAAGGUUUCCGACGAUGAGGACAAGGUUCCUGACGCUGAGAACAAGGUUUCUGACGCUCAGCACAAAUUCCUGACACAGAGGACAAGGUACCUGACGCGGAGGACAAGGUUCCUCACGUUAAGGACAAGGAUCCUGACGCUGAGGACAAGGUUCCAGACGCGGAGGACAAGGUUCCUGAUGCUGAGGACAAGGUUGACGCUGAUGAAAAGGGUGCUGACUUCGAGGACAAGGCUCCUCACGUUGAGGACAAGGCUCCUGACGCUGAGGACAAAGUUCCUGAUGCUGAGCACAAGCUUCCUGACACUGAGGACAAGGUACCUGACGCUGAGGAGAAGGUUCCUUACGCUGAGGACAAGGUUCUUCACGCUGAUGACAAGGUUCCUGACGUUGAGGAAAAGGUUCCUGACGCUGAGGACAAGGUUCCUGACCCUGAGGACAAGGAGGACAAGGUUCCUGACGUCGAGGACAAGGUUCCUAACGUUGAGGACAAGGUUCCUGACGCUGAGGACAAGCUUCCUGACGCUGAUGACAAGGUUCCUGACGUUGAAGACAAGGUUCUUGACGCUGAGGAUAAGGUUUUGACGCUGAAGACAAGGUUCCUGACGCUGAGGAAAAGGUUCCUGACGUCGAGCACAAGGUUCCUGACGUCGAGGAAAAGGUUCCUGACGUUGAGGACAAGGUUCGUCAUGCUGAGGACAAGGUUCCUGAUGCUAAGCACAAGGUUCCUGACACUGAUGGCAAGGUUCCUGACGCUGAUGACAAGUUUACUGACGCUGAGGACAAGGAUCCUGAUGCUGAGGACAAGGAUGCUGACGUCGAGGUCAGGGUUCCUGACGUUGAGGACAAGGUUCGUGACGUUGAGGACAAGGUUCCUGACGCUGAGGACAAGGUUCCUGACGUCGAGGACAAGGUCACUGACGUUGAGGACAAGGUUCCUGAAGCUGAGGACAAGGUUCUUGACGCUGAGGACAAGGUACCUGACGCUGAGGACAAGGUUCCUGACGCUGAGGACAAGGUCCCUGACGUUGAGGACAAUGUCCCUGACGCUGAGGUCAAGGUCCCUACAAGGUUCCUGACGGUGAGAACAAAGUUCCUGACGCUGAGGAAAAGGUUUCUAACGCUGAGGACAAGGUCCGUGACGCUGAGGACACGGUUCCUGAAGCUGGGAACAAGGUUCCUGAAGCUGAGGACAAGGUUCCUGAAGCUGAGGACAAGGUUCCUGAAGCUGAGGACAAGGUUCCUGAAGCUGAGGACAAGGUCCAUGACGCUGAGGACAAGGUUCCUGACGCUGAGGACAAGGUUUCGGACGUUGAGGACAAGGUUCCUGACGCUGAGGACAAGGUUUCUGACGCUGAGGACAAGGUUCCUGACGCUGAGGACAAUGUUCCUGAAGCUGAGGAAAAGGUUGCUGACGCUGAGGGCAAGGUUACUGACGCUGAGGACAAGGUUCCUGACGCUGACGACAAGGUUCCUGACGCUGAGGACUAG